AUGGAGGAGGAAGAGAACAACCAGAUGACCUUCCUGGAUGUCCUCGUAUGCCGAAAGGAUUGUGAUGGACUAAAGACCAAAGUGUUCAGGAAAGCGACAAAUACGAUGCAAGUACUGAACUUCAACAGUAACCACCCAAUCAGCCACAAACGCAGUUGUGUAAGGACGCUCUAUCGGCGUGUCGAAACGCACUGCAGUGAGCCGGAAGACAAAAUUGCUGAACUACAAUACCUCCGACGGGUCUUCAAAGCCAAUGGCUACCCGCGCAACUUCGUCGACCGGUGCAUACGCAAAAGGGACGAAAGGCCUAACCGCACGGACACCAAGUCUUGGCGGGCACUUCCGUAUGUCAAGAACGUUUCGGAAGCUGUCGGCCGCCUUCUCGCACCACUUGGGGUUGGAGUGGCACACAGACUGGAGGCAACCAUCAGGCGUCUGAUCAUGAAACCGAAAGACCCACUGCCACGGCUAGAAACGUCUGGAGUCGUUUAUCGGAUCUGGUGCAGUUGCGGACAAAGCAACUACGUCGGAGAAACCGGAAGACAGCUCCGAACGAGAAUGGCCGAACACGCGGCAGCGGUGCGCAGAAAUGACGCCAGCUCUCAAGUUGUGGCUCAUUCGACGAGACCCGGCCACACAUUUAAAUUCGAUGAGGCCGAAAUUCUCGCAAGAGGUGACAACCGAGUGAGCCGAGAGCUACUGGAAUCAUGGUUUACUGGCCCCCAGUCCAUCAACAAGUGCAACGAUCUUCCCAUUCAAUACAGCGUGCUGAGACUUCGUCUAGGCGGAGUAAUUGGCCACGCGGGGAGCGCACUGGUGAACACUCUUCCCAACACCCGGGUCAACGCAUCAGAUGGUCGAGCAAUCAUCACGCCAACAUCCAACGCACGUGAUGAAAUUGCGGCAAUUAUCGACUCGAAUGUCGGCCAUCAAGCAAUGAUCACCCCAAGUGUGACAAUCCCGGAUGAAGGGGGAAGCCGUGAACGUUCAUAG